UAGUCAUGUUGAACAGCAUUGUAUAGCUGGUAUCACUGCUUGUGUUGACAGAUAUAGGAAACCUUGUCACAUAGCUAUGAUCACAUUGAACUACCCACUGACAGACUUGUUUCUUAGAGAUCAGGCUUGUGCUGUAGAUGAGAUACAUUGGCCAGCUUGUGUCAACAGACUGUUGUAGCUAGACCAACCGCUAAGUGAAGAUGGAUCGUCACAUGUUUGAUCAGAUAGCUAAGAUCACCGACAGCUUGUUCUUGUCAAGUGCAGCAGCUGUCCGGGGUGACCGCGUUGUUGGUCUGGGAAUCACUCACAUCAUCAACUGUACCAUGGAUGUUCCCAACCUGAAUGUAGCCAAUGUUGAGUGUAUACAGAUCCAUGUUGACGACACACCAUCAGCACGUCUCAGUCUCUACUUCGACCGAUGUAGUGACAAGAUAGACCAGAUAGCAAGGCGGGGUGGUCGUGCCCUUGUACACUGCGUUGCGGGUGUAAGUCGCUCAGCCAGCCUUUGUAUUGCAUACCUCAUGAAGCAUCACCAUAUGUCACUCAGACAAGCAUACUGGCAUGUCCGAGCACGCCGCUCAGUGAUACACCCAAACUUCGGAUUCUGGCGCCAACUCAUAGACUUUGAACGUAGACUGACUGGCUCAACGUCAGUAAAGAUGAUACACUCAGGAAUCGGGUACAUCCCGGAUGUGUUGGAGGAAGAGACACGCAACAUGAUCUGGUUCGGACCCCAGUCAACAGCAUACUCCCGAGCUUAUGGAGGAGGAACUUUGAGGUCCGACAGAGGCAGCAGCAACAGCAUUGGUAGCAGUAGCAGCAGCGGAGGUGGAGGGGCAACAUAUCGCUCAUCAUAUGGUGGGGGGGGCACUUACAGGUCCAGAUAUGGACGAUAUUAACACAAUCAACACAAGUAGUAUUAUACAGUGAGUGAUGUGAAAGAGCUCUGCAGGCUUUUUCUGUCAAUAUACCACCCAUAGCACUGGGGAAUAUCCUGUGUCAAUGGUCAGGCCCGUAGUAUACAGAGUAUACACCUUUAUCAGCCACUGGCUGGGUGUGAAGGAAUGAACACUACUGAACACUUCCUAUUUAUUAUAGUACGGUAUAGGCACUGUUGUUACUGCAUGGUUUGGUUACUAUUUAUUGAUGUGUACAUAUGUAUGAAGUGUUACCGGUUGUUGAUACUCCCAGCAUUCUGUAGUCAGGUAUGAUAUGUUGUCAAGUAAUACAGACUCUUCACUCCAUAUAGUCCAAGCAGUCAUUUCAAAACCAAUUAUUUGAAUUGAUUUUCGAAAGUGUCCUCCAUGCUGAAGUAGGGACAUUUUGACUACCAAUUAAGUUUCCUAAUUACACUUUGUGUUUUGAUACGUGAAUUUUACCCGCAACAGUAUUUCAGUCAUAUCUCCAUCACAGUCAGGUUCUCUUGUAUUGAAACUGAUAGUCAUUAUUCACAUCAAACCAAGUGGCAAUGAAGCAGGCAAAUGGUCAACUAAGGAUUCUUCAUUUGCAAAAAAUAGUACCUAUACACAGCUUCAACAAAAUAACAUUCUUGUUCUUCAGAUAUUUUAUUUUUUUUAAAUAAGAUGACAUGAGAAGGGGAAGACACUUCUUUUUUCUUUUGACAGCAUGACCUCCUUAGACGAGUGAAAGAUUUUAUUUUUUAUUCUGGGGAAAUGUUAAUACUUGUAUCAAAUGCUGAAAUUCAGUAACUACCACAGACAAUGGUAAAAUAUAAGUAGCUUGUUCCUUAUCCUUACCGGCAAAGUGCUUACCAGUACUUGAAAAGGUUUCUUUUCUGAAGAGCAAGUUGUCAGUUUGUUGUGUCAUCAUCAUUACUUGUAGGCAUAGAAACACAAUCUGGUCGUGCUCAACACUUGAUCAGGGUUGACAGAUUAACAAGCUGAAAUUAAACUCUUGCAGGUCUCAUUUUUUGUUUGCUAUGUAUUUUGGACAAAGUAAUGAUAAGAGGCAUACUGUGUUGAGGUACAUGUUUUCAUUCAUGUGUCUUGUGAGAUACAAGUAUACAUCUACAUUUGUCAACUAAACAAUGCUCAUCAUCCAGUCAACGCUUCACAUUUCUUGUUAGAGUAUUUCCUUGAAGUACCUAUAGUAUACAUAUAUACAAUCAGAUAUGUAUUUUUCGCAACAAAUUAUUUAUUGUUUGAUAAGAACAACUGUUUUUGAGCUGACUACAAAGAUGGAUUGUGUCGUUUGUACAGCUUGGUGCAAACGGGCUGCCAACCAAAGUUGUGUGUGUUUCCCCAAGGUCAGGAUACACAUGAUAUGUAGAGCUAGUCUGUUGUAUCUUUGGGAGGGAUUCCGUCCCAAUACUGAGUCAUACAUAUAUCAAAGCAUUAUUGUAUUUUCUUAUUCAAUUUUCUGAUACAUAUAUAAUCCUUUAUUUAUCACUUGCUAUAGUUUGAAUGGAUCCUCUCAAUGAAAACUUGAUAACAUAGGGAACUGUUUGUCGAUGUAGUUUGUGGGGGUGGAGAUGCUGUGUGAUUUGAGACGUGUACAGUGUUUCCUGCUGUUUGAGUAGAGACGUGUACAGUGUUUCCUGCUGUGUGAGUAGAGAUGUGUACAGUGUUUCCUGCUGUGUGAGUAGUGACGUGUACAGUGUUUCCUGCUGUGUGAGUAGAGACGUGUACAGUUUCCUGCUGUGAGUAGAGACGUGUACAGUGUUUCCUGCUGUGAGUAGAGACGUGUACAGUGUUUCCUGCUGUUUGAGUAGAGACGUGUACAGUGUUUCCUGCUGUGUGAGUAGAGACGUGUACAGUGUUUCCUGCUGUGUGAGUAGUGACGUGUACAGUGUUUCCUGCUGUGAGUAGAGACGUGUACAGUGUUUCCUGCUGUGUGAGUAGAGACGUGUACAGUGUUUCCUGCUGUGUGAGUAGAGACGUGUACAGUGUUUCCUGCUGUAUCUAAAGCGGGAUGUUGGGGGCGGAUUUAGAGUAAGUAUUAGGAUUGGCUCAUGGAAAUUGCUGAAAGUGUUAAUGAAGAAAAUCUCAAAUAUUUAUGUAUUUUCAAACUCUUGAGGGUUGGAGGUGUGAUUAGAGAGAAUUGUCAUGAUCUGAUCAAAGAUAAAUCAUGCUCCAAGAGAAUGCUAUACUGUUUAUGUAGCAUUGACAGUGCUAUAUGGUUGAAGCUGUCAGCUGGUGGUAUAUCUGGGACUCUCCAGAAAACCACAUCCUUAACCAGAUAGAAAACCACACGAAAUAUCUUGGUAUUAUUUUAUGCUCUGUCUCAUUUCCCUAACUGACUUCUCAAGGUCGCAUCAACAAUAUCUCAUCCUCAUAGCAAUGAGGACAAAUCAUCCAACAUUAAAACUAUUCUCAGUGCGACAUGAAGGUAAAUGUCACAGACAAAGUAAUUGGGGGUUACUGAGCAUGUGUGUCCAUGUGGUAGAUAAGGUUUACAGCUUGGAUUAACCAGUACAUGGCAGCAGGACUGACUAGUACAUGUCAUAAGCUUGGUAGGGACUGCUGCUCAUGGUGUAAUUUUUUCACUGAACUCCUUGAUUUUACCAGUAUAUGGGUAACUAAUUUCAAUUUAUGAAUUAUAUUCAUGAUAUCAUUACAAAAAAUCAUUUUGUUAAGACUGACAUAUUUUUAUUUUAAAUCUUAGAUUUUAUGUCAGUGAAUGUGCCUUGCCUUAAACAUUGAAUCAGUAUUUUAGAUCCUAAUGUAAAACACGUUUCCUAAGAUAUUUUCAGGCAGCCUGUCUAGGGCAUUUCCCAUUGAAUGUUGAAGCACAAAUGAUGACAAACAGCCUUUUUUCAUGUCUUGUUUUACAUUCUUCAGCUUAUAAUAUGUUUUCUUAAAAACAAAACGAUAUAUAUUUUUUUAAAGUAUUUUCCAUCAAACAAAGCAUACAGGAGGUAUUAAUCUUUUUUAAUUAUAUUUUUUAGGAAACUGUUCAAAAUUUAGGGUAUGCUUGUCCACAAGACCAGAAAAUAUAUGCAUCUGGGCUAAAUACUAUCUAGCAUGAACCUCAACAUUAUUAUUAUGCAAAGGCUCUUUUUUAUCAUUGUUGUACAUGUCUCAGAAUAUAUUGUUAUUCCUCCCUUUUGACCAUGUUCAUAUGUAUAGUCAGUGAUAUCAUCGUUUCUGCAUGUGUCAAUUACAUAACUGACAUUUCUUAUCUGGUUAGCAAUCAGGAUCAGUGCUGUUGUAUUUUUCUUGGUUUUGUUAAUUAUUUGUUAGAAUUAUUUUCAUAAUUGCAGACUUUGUUUUAGAUUAGUGUUUUAUGUUGCUAGUGUAUGAUCUGUAUCUGUCACACACCCGACAUGCAGUGGUCACAUCACACAGUUACAGCUGUAGUCAUUUUACUUUAUUUAUGAUUUUGUCAAAAGAGGGGCAUAUUUUAGUGCUGUGUAAUCCUGAGUUUGCCUGUAGCAAUAAGUUACUUGUGCUCCCUGGGUCUCACAUUUUCCACUUGGAUGGGGCUAGCUCAACAGGGUUGACCAUGCUGUGUUCGGCAUGUCAAUAUGUUUUAUUUUUAUGAAAGCUUUUCCAAGGAAUUUUAAAUCAGGAGGAGUAGUAUCAUUUGAGCAGUGUAUCUUCAAUUUUGCAAUAAUUUUACAUCAGUGUUUAUCUGUUGUUUGUAAAGAAGUUUCAAAUAUUUCAAUUGCUGUAUUCAGUUCUUGUCAUAUUAUGAUGGUAUCAUAUUCAAGUAUAUUUAUUUUCUUAUAAAACUUUGGAGGUGAAAUGUUUCCAAGGAUUAUCUCCCUUGCACUGUAAGGCUGUUCUGGGGAAAUGCUAAAAUUAGCUGACGUUAACUUCAGCCAAAUUGUGCCAGACCUUAUGUUGUAUUCAUGCAAGUUCUCCAGACUCUUUAAUCAGAGUAUAGACAAGUUAUUAAGGUUACAUUGAGUGUCCCUACUUGCCAGUAGAGAACAGUGUUGCCGCAUGUGGGCCAGCUGGUCUCACUAACAGUGCACUGUUGAUCUGUUGUCAUCCAUUGUCUUGAAAAGAGUCAUAUGAAAACUGCUAUUUUCAGCUGCUUUAUUUAAAAGUGAUACAAUUUUCUAUUUUUCCGAGAAGAGUAUUUUGUAUUGUGUUGUAAAAUGUCCCUUUCAUGACAAAUUUUGCUGACAUAUUUUGUAAGAGUAUUUCCAGUGAUUUCUAAUUAAUCAAAGUGUACUUAUAGCAUACUUCAUAUUUGUGAUCAAGACUUAUUUGAUUAGAUUAAAGCAGUAAUUCAAAGAUAUGAUUGCAAGUCUGUUUCAGCAGUACAUAAUAUACUCAUUCCUUCUAUUUUCAUAUUUCUUUUUCAACAAAAAGUCUGUUUUGUUCCUUACAUUUGGAAUUUCUACAGUCAACAGUAAUAACAUGUACCUGUACUAGUGUCCGACCACUACCCUUCUCCAGCGCUAGUGUCUGACCACUAGCCUCCUCCAGCACUAGUAUCUGACCACUACCCUCCUCCAGCACUAGUGUCUGACCACUACCCUCCUCCAGCACUAGUAUCUGACCACUAGCCUCCUCCAUCGCUAGUAUCUGACCACUACCCUCCUCCAGUGCUAGUGUCUGUCCACUACCCUCCUUCAGCGCUAUUGUCUGAUCACUACCCUCCUCCAGCGCUAGUGUCUGACCACUACCCUCCCUAGUGCUAGUGUCUGUCCACUACCCUCCUUCAGCGCUAUUGUCUGACCACUACCCUCCUCCAGCGCUAGUGUCUGACCACUAGCCUCCUCCAGCACUAGUGUCUGACCACUACCCUCCUCCAGCGCUAGUAUCUGACCACUACCCUCCUCCAGCACUAUUGUCUGACCACUACCCUCCCCCAGGACUAGUGUCUUACCACUACCCUCCUCCAGCGCUAGUAUCUGACCACUACCCUCCUCCAGCGCUAGUGUCUGAUCACUACCCUCCCUAGUGCUAGUGUCUGACCACUAGCCUCCUCCAGCGCUAGUAUCUGACCACUACCCUCCUUCAGCGCUAGUGUCUGACCACUACCCUCCUCCAGCACUAGUGUCUGACCACUACCCUCCUCCAGCGUUAGUGUCUGACCACUACCCUCCUCCAGCGCUAGUGUCUGACCACUACUCUCCUCCAGCACUAGUGUCUGACCACUAGCCUCCUCCAGCGCUAGUAUCUGACCACUAGCCUCCUCCAGCACUUGUGUCUGACCACUACCCUCCUCCAGCACUUGUGUCUGACCACUAGCCUCCUCUAGCACUAGCAUCUGACCACUAGCCUCCUCCAUCGCUAGUAUCUGACCACUACCCUCCUCCAGCACUAGUAUCUGACCACUACCCUCCUCCAGUGCUAGUGUCUGUCCACUACCCUCCUUCAGCGCUAUUGUCUGACCACUACCCUCCUCCAGCACUAGUGUCUGACCACUACCCUCCCUAGUGCUAGUGUCUGUCCACUACCCUCCUUCAGCGCUAUUGUCUGACCACUACCCUCCUCCAGCGCUAGUGUCUGACCACUACCCUCCCUGGUGCUAGUGUCUGACCACUACCCUCCUUCAGCGCUAUUGUCUGACCACUACCCUCCUCCAGCGCUAGUGUCUGACCACUACCCUCCUCCAGCGCUAGUAUCUGACCACUAGCCUCCUCUAGCACUAGCAUCUGUCCACUACCCUCCUCCAGCACUAUUGUCUGACCACUACCCUCCUCCAGCGCUAGUGUCUGACCACUACCCUCCUCCAGCGCUAGUAUCUGACCACUACCCUCCUCCAGCGCUAUUGUCUGACCACUACCCUCCUCCAGCGCUAGUGUCUGACCUCUACCCUCCCUAGUGCUAGUGUCUGUCCACUACCCUCCUUCCGCGAUUUUGUCUGACCACUACCCUCCUCCAGCGCUAGUGUCUGACCACUACCCUCCUCCAGCGCUAGUGUCUGACCACUACCCUCCUUCAGCGCUAGUGUCUGACCACUAGACUAGUCUCCUGUGCUGGUGUGGUAAGCCAAGUACCAGGAUGACUCCAGGCUAGAAUAGGCCCUGAAAUGCAUGCCAUGUAUUAGAGCCAAAUGAAACAACAGAAUUUUCAUAGUCACAAUGGGUGUGGCAAAAGGCAUGGGCACUGUUCACUAGUUCUUGGUCUUGUCCAGACUCCAAUCCUUACAGGCCACUCUGAAUUAUACCUACAGUAUUAGUAGGAACCCUCUACCUGUCUGCCAAGCAGUGUACUGUGUUGUAGGGAAAAUGAGUGAGUGUAGAGUUCAGGACAUUGGCUUGGCACGGCUCCUUCACAUUUUCAUGUUUAAAAACAGUUAUAGGUUUGAUUAGAAGUAACUAGAUUCGUAGGAUAAGGUAAAUCUUUUGUUUCUCAUUGCUGCCAAUUAUAGAUUCAAAGGGAAGGCUCUAAAUAAUACAGUUCAUGGGUAUUCAAGAUCCAUUUUACAAGUGACACUCGGUCUAGACCAUGCCAACAAAAGAGAGUGAAAAAGAAAGGCAGUUUGUCGAUUUUUCCAAAUCUCCAAAGUGAAAAACAUUAUUUUUGGUAGUUUUUGCAGCUCAAAACUAUGAAGUAUUAAUCUCCAUUGUAAGGCAGGAAAUACGUGUGAUGGCCCAUUGAGGGUGAGAAAAGCUGAGGAUGCAAUCAAGUGGGAGUUGCCAUGUGAUUGUCUUAUGCCAGGAGAUGCCACAUGAUUCCCUGGUCCAGGAAUAAUCUGUGAUGAUAGUGAUUUUCAAAUUUGUUGUUUGUUUUUUGUAGAUCCUGUUCUCAACUUUUAUUUAUACUUUUAAUACCAUUAAAAA